AUGGCGAAGAGUGGGAUGCUUUUGCCAUUUAUCUUGUUGUGUUUUACUCCAGUUGGAAUGACAUUCAUCAUCGAAGGUUACGCCGUUUAUGUCGCCGGGACUGCCGCCGGGACUGCUGUGUUGGGAUCUUUGGCUUAUGUGGCGCGGUGUCGUUUUACAGAAUGUUGCACAGAUAGAUGGAUCUCGGCGAACAUCAGCGGUUUGCAGCCAGCUCUGCGCCGACGCGUGUUUGGACAGCAUUUAGUCACCGAGACAGUGAUUAAGGCAAUAGUUGGACAUCUGAAUAAUAAAUCACCGAACAAAGCCUUGGCGCUCUCUUUUAACGGCUGGACCGGAUCAGGGAAAAACUUUGUUAGCAAGAUCAUUGCUGAGCAUAUUUUUAAAGAGGGAAUGGAGAGUAAAUUUGUCCAUCAAAUCAUUGCCACACAUGAUUUCCCACACCAGUCGGAAUUGGAACGUUACAAACGAUAUCUGCGUAGUUUGGUUUCUACUUCAGUGUCACAGUGCUCAAGGUCGCUGUUCAUUUUUGACGAAAUGGAUAAAAUGCCGAUCGGUCUCAUAGAUGUACUAAAGCCCUACUUAGACCACUACCCUGACGUUGACAAAGUUGACUUUCGAGGAAGUAUUUUUAUAUUUUUGAGCAAUACGGGAGGUCAUCUGAUCAAUGACGCAGUCCUCCGACACUGGAAAGAGGGAAAGAAGAGAGAAGACAUUGGUAUUAAAGAGAUGGACAAUGUUGUUUACCUUGGUGAGUUCAACAUUAAAGGUGGUUUCUGGCAUUCAUCGCUCGUUGAGAAAAAUCUUAUAGAUUAUUUUAUCCCAUUUUUACCUUUGGAGAGAUCUCAUGUUAAAAUGUGUGCUAAAGCAGACUUGGAAAAAAAAGGACAUCCAGUUACUGAACAAGUCCUUAACAGCAUUGCAGAUGAGCUAUUAUACUUCCCAGAAUACGUAAAGGUCUUUUCACGGUCUGGUUGUAAGAAAGUAUCGAGCAAAGUUGACUUUAUCAUGAAUUAG